AAGAGAUGAAAUCCCGUUAGGGUUGACGGGACCAGGCGGAAUAUGAAGAAAAACAUCCCAACCAGAUUGUCAUGCAAGCAUUCAAUUACCAGUGCAAUGUUUGUUCUUUUGGUAUUGUUGGAGGCAGCAAUGAUGUGGGAACUAGCUGAAGCAGCGCCAGUUAAACGUAAUGAUAUUCUGGCGGGCACAGAGUUUCUUUCUGUAUUUAUUAAUGGAGCAAUGGCACCAACACCAAGAAGACGUGGAUUUAGACGUGGUCAAUUGUCAUCACAGGAUAAUGUUGUUGCUGAAUCACGAUUAAAUGAAGCAUCAAUAUUUAGAAUAUCAAAAGCACCACCAAGUCCAAGACCACCAGUUGUUAUUGUAACUCGUCCAGUUCAACGACAAGUUGCACCAAAACUUUAUCCAAUAAGUCACAAGUCUCAAUUAAUUGAGCAUAAUCGUCAAAGUUUUACUUAUCCAGUUGAAGAUUCAUUAGCAUCAAUUGAUGAUUAUGGAAUUGGAUAUAAACAAAUGACAAGUACUACAACACCACAUAGUCAUAACAUUAUCAAAAUUAAUGCUACAAAGCCAUUUAUCAAUGACAAUAAUAAUAAUAAUAAUAAUAAUAAUAGUAAUAGUAAUAGAAAGGUUAUUGGGGUGAGUGUGACUUCAAGUGUUGAGACAGCAACGUCAUACAGGCAAAGAGUUAAUAAAAAUAAAACCAAUGAAGAAGAAGAAGAAGAAGAAGAAGAAUUAAAUGUUGUUACAAGACCACCCAUUGAACCUCUUUCAAUACAACUUUUUAGUACUUUUUCUACAUUAAAAACAACAUUACCAUCGACAUUAAGUACCUCAGCAACAACAACAACAACAGAAGAAACAACAAGUCCAAUGACUUUGAGUAGUAGUAGUAGUAGUAGUAGUAGCAGUAGUAGUAGUAAUAGUAAUCAAUUUAUUAAUGAAUCAAAUCACAGUGAAUUAAUCACAGUUGAACAAGAUUUACAGUCCCGAAUGAGCAUGGAAAUGAAAUCACAAAUUACAACUGAACCAACAAUAAUAAAUAUACACAAUAAAGUAGAAAUUGAUUCAUUACAAGUUGCAUCAAAUCCAGAACCAAUUGAACAAAGCUAUGAAAUUGCUGAAAUUAAUCCAGAAUUAAAUGAAAAUCAUCAAGAACCAAUUGAAUCUGAUGAUAAUUAUCCACAAGGAAGAAAAAUUGGUCGUCAUUAUGAUACAUCAUUGUAUAAUCAACCACCAAAAGUUUAUCAAUCAUCAAAAAUAUAUGAUAAAUCAUCAUUAUCUCAAAAAGUUUAUGGAAAUAAUAAUGGUGCUAAAAUUUAUAAUGAAAAAAAUAAAUUUUAUAAUAAUAAAGCUGAACAAGUUAAUUCUGAAGAAGAAAAAGAAUCUAAAAUAUAUAAUAAUAAUUUUAAUGAAAGACCAAUGAUGGAACCAGUUGAAAUAAAUUAUGAAGUUGAUGAGGCAGUUAGUGUUGGAAGUAAUGGUAAUGUUCAUGGUCCUCAAUCAGUAACAGCAAAAAUAUCAUCUGGUAUUGAUCCAGAAGAUAAUCACAAAGUUGGUUAUGUUGUUGAAGGAAGAAAUUAUCGUAAAUAUCGAGUAGAAGAACGUACACCAGAUGGUUUUAUUGUUGGUGAAUAUGGUGUUGUAUCACAUGAUGAUGGAUCAUUGAGAGGUGUUCGUUAUACUGCUGAUGGUACUAUUAAUCCACGACUCAUUUAUGAUGCAUUGAUGAAAUUUUUAGCACUAUAAAUAAUGAAAUAAUGAAAUAAUGAAAUAAAUAAUUAUAUACAUUAUAUAAGGUGAUAUUAUUAUUUGUGCCUUCGACAUGUCGACUGCAAACGACUGAUCCUCUUGCCAACUCAACUGCCUCAAAUUUUGUUAUUUUAAAUAAGACAAAAAAAUGAAAAUAAAAAUGUCAUUUCCAUGGAAUUAAUAUAGAAAAAAUCAUUGACAAAACGCUUCUAUGAUAAUUUUGAAAUUUAUUAAAAAAUAAAAAAAAUAAAAUAGAUUCCAGUAGCAAGAGACAAAAUCAUAUUAUCAUAUUAAUUAUUGACUUUGCUUUUGGAAUCUAUUGUCAAUAUCUUGUCAUAGCAGCGUUAAUUUAUUAUUAUUUUUUGUCAUUUGAUUUUCAAAUAUAAAAAUAUAGGCAUAAGCAUAUUUACAAUU